GGGACCGGACUCGUCCCCCUUCCUCUCCACCUCCGCCCCAGCCUCUCCCUCCUCUCGCUCCCCUCUCGCCGUCUCGCUUCCUAACGGAGAGAUAAUGUUCUAUUUCCAGCUGGUGAUCAUGGCCGGGACGGUUCUCCUGGCUUACUACUUCGAGUACACAGACACCUUCCCCGUGCACAUCCAAGGGUUCUUCUGCUACGACAAGACCUUCUCCAAGCCCUACCCAGGACCGGACAACACCAGCAAGAUCCCGCCGGUGCUGAUCUUCUCGCUUGUCUCGGCCAUCCCCACGCUUACGAUUCUUGUGGGGGAAUUGUGCGCGUUCUUCACCAAGACUGAAGGAACCCAAGAGAAGACCAUCGUCACUGCCGACUGCUGCUACUUCAACCCCUUGCUGAGACGCGUCAUACGCUUCUUAGGUGUCUACGCCUUUGGCCUGUUUACCACGACCAUCUUCGCCAAUGCCGGCCAGGUGGUGACAGGAAACCAGACGCCGCACUUCCUCUCAGCAUGCCGACCCAACUACACGGCGCUGGGCUGCCAGUCCAACAUGCAGUACAUCACAGAACGCCGCGCCUGCACCGGCAACCCCCUCGUGGUCAUGUCUGCACGUAAAUCCUUCCCGUCUAAGGACGCGGCGCUCAGCGUCUACUCAGCGGUGUACACAGUGAUGUACGUGACGCUGAUGUUCAAGACCAAAGGUACACGCCUGACAAAGCCCACCAUCAGCUUCACCCUGCUCUGUCUGGCCAUGAUCGUAGGCGUGGUCCGGGUGGCUGAAUACCGCAACCACUGGGCCGAUGUCUUGGCCGGUUCCUUCACAGGGGGAGCUAUCGCUGUGUUUUUGGUGACAUGUGUGAUUAACAACUUCCAACAGUUGCAGCCAGGCCUCCCUGCACCACGACCCCAGCGCCCAGAGUCCACGCUGGGCAUGCCCAUGGUGACGCUGCCCUGUGUGGAAAGUCCACUCGAAAAACCCCGCGGAGGUCUCCGUUCAGCGAGAUCACAUGACCAUCAGCCCCGUCGGUUCCCCGCCCAACCCGAUGUCCUCACACUGUCUCGCUCCAUUUCCAGCGAAGUCUAGACCGGCCCGAGCAGCACUCGCCGCACUGCGCCGCCCGCUCGGCCGGCCGGUACGCGACUCUGCACCGCUCCUACUCCACCCAGGUCUAGACCCUCUCCCCUCACCCCCUCAACUCCCCAGGGAACCGAUAGGCGAUGACUUUUUUUCCAACUGACUUUGACUUUUUGGCGUCUUUCUACUUUUUUUAUAUGAACUCAUGGAAGCUUUGUGAAGAAAGACAAACUGCGACCACAGAGAAUGUCGCCCACCCUCCCCUUCCUUGAAAAUGUGCGUAAAAUUCCAUCACCACGGUCUCAAUGGCGACAUUGGACCAAAGGAACCUUUCCUUGCUCACAGUCUCAUUACUUUCAUGCAUGCUGUGCCUCCACACACACACACACACACACACAAACACACACAUUCUUGUAUUUGUUGCUUUCUUGAGACCUCCGAAAAAUGCCAAGGACCACCCUUUCUAGAUAUAUAAAGAUGUGUAUUUACAACAAUAAUAACAUAUACAUGCUAUGCAAGAAAAAGGUCACAAUUUCACAAGAAAAACUGAGAAUUUUGGCAGUAAAAUAAUAAAAGUCGUAAUUUUACUCAACGCGAGUCAACAUUUUGCAAGAAAAACUGAACGUUGUUAUGAUAAAAGUUGGAAUUUUACUCUAACUGUCGCAAUUUUACUAGUAAAAUCAACAACAAAUCCUGACUUUGGAGCAAUGUUCACAGACUCUAGUGUUUGGCUCUAUUAGAUGCAAUGGUUUUCCGUAGUCUGACCAUGAUUUCGGUCCUAACUUGUUCACCGCUCCUCAUAUGGAAAGUACUUUUCCUUGUUGAUGUCUCAAGUACGGUAGAAAUAUAAGAACACACACACACAAACACACAUUCUUGUAUUUGUUACCUUCUUGAGACCUCCGAAAAAUGCCUAGGACCACCC